AGAUAUGGGCCUCUGUAUCUAGCCCUUCUUUCUGCUACUGUAAUUUUUUUUCUGGUUUGUAUUCUUCUUGGGAUUUCCAUGUAUCAGAGGCCCAAAUCAGAUCUGAAUACCCCCACCAACUUCACUAGCUCUCUCCUUCUUGGCUCAUCUAAUACCCCAUUUCCCUUUUUUAUUUAUUUAUUGACAGCUGUUUAGGCUGUGGGUGCACUGGCGUCCAUAAAAGAUAUAAAAAAGGGUUGAGAAUUCUAAUACUGCUUCUGGAUUCUUGAGUUGGUUUAUAUGACAGCUGACAUCUCACACAAGUGAAGCUUUUUUUAUUUUCUUUUUUUUGUUCCUUGGGGUGUUCAUAGAUAGGAGAAAGCUUUUAUUUUUGGUCUAAUUUAAUUUUUUUUUUGAAGAGGUGGCCCACUCGUGGGUUUGGUGGGCUUUCUCUAUACCAGUAAAACCCCAUUUUAUGAAUUUUAUGAAAGAAAAAGAUUGUUCUUUUUUAGAAGAUCCCACUUUGUUAAUAUCAAUAUAUAUUUUUUUUUUUUGUUUUUUUAGAGGUGGGCGUUGUUGCGGUUGGAAGGAGGAAGGAGAGGAGAAGACUUGAUUCGUUUCCUUCCCUUCCCUUUCCUCUCUUUCUUUAUUAAUUCUUCUUCUUUUUUUCAGUAUUGGUCCAUCCAUUGAUCUUCCACUAUUUAUCCAACAAUUUAUGCCAAACUUGAGUUUGAUCGGCGAUAUAAAUACCCUUUAUCUCCAAUGCUACUUUACUUCUUCAUUACUUGUUUCUCCUUCGUCCUAUUGUUAAAGCCCCUCCCUCUCAAGCCUUUGCCUCCAUGGACAAGUGAAAUGAGAUUGUUGUCAUUCUGGUUCUUGAAGGACUUGCUUCUCUUCUCUUAUUUAGGGUCAUUAAGGAGUACCCUUUUGAAAGUUUUUCAUAUCGAUAGAAUUCCUUUAAAAAUGACAAUUAAGAAUAUGAGCCUAAGUUCAAGUGCAAGAGCAGAAAAAAGUUCUCUUGAUGGUGAAGCUGGAGGGAUGUCUGUUUUGGACUUGCCUGAAUUGGCCUUGGAAUGCAUUCUUGAGAGGUUGCCUCCUGCAGGGCUCUGUAGCAUGGCAGGCGUGUGUACUUCUUUGAGGGAAAGGUGUGUGAGUGAUCAUUUAUGGGAAAAACAUAUGAAGCAGAAAUGGGGCAGGGUUAUUGGCCCUGCUGCUUAUAGGGAGUGGCAAUGGCAUUUAGCUUCGAGAAAGGAUUUGGGAAGUUGCAAACAAGGAAAGCCAAAAGGUUUUACGAGGCUUCUGUCAAUGUUUUGGCCUUCUUCGUGGAGUACCCCAAAGGCUGAUCCUAUUAACAAUAGCAAGCAGAGGAGUUCUCUUCCUGUUAAUUCAAUCAUGUCCUGGUACCUUGCUCUUGAGACUGGCAAGUUUUGGUUCCCUGCUCAAGUCUUUAACCGCGAGAAUGGGCACGUCGGAUUCAUGCUAUCAUGCUAUGAUGCCAAUCUAAGUUAUGAUCCAGGGACGGAUACAUUUCAAGUCAGGUACCCACCACAUGGGAGGAGAGCAAUUGCCACAGAGAGUGGUGUGCCAUGGGAAAGGCUUAGAGCACCACCUUUUGAUACCUCCCCGCAUGAUCUACAUAUCUCUGAUUGCUUGAAUGAUUUACGCCCUGGAGAUCACAUUGAGAUUCAGUGGAGAAGAAACAAAGAGUUUCCUUAUGGUUGGUGGUAUGGUGUUGUAGGUCACGUGGAGUCAUGUGAUGGAAAUGAAAAUUAUUGCCGGUGUCAUAAUAGCGACACUGUAGUGUUGGAGUUCCACCAGUAUACUCCUGGCUCACGAUGGAGAAGCACGGCGGUCAACAGGAAAGAACAUCGGGAGGAGGGGGAUGAGGCAGAUGGAUUUUAUGGAGGGAUCAGAAAACUAUACAACAAUGAAGAGAUUUCCAGGUGGAAGAGGCUUUGGCCGACAGAAGUGUUGGAAUAGUCAUUAUUCGCAACACUAAAGUUCCAUGACAGAUUCCACGAGUGCAAACAUGGAAACCUAUAUAUCAUCCAAGAAAUUGUUUCUCCAAUUGAAUUUCUGCCUUGCUAAAUUCAGUAUAGAAAAGCAGGAAAUAGGAGUUGUAAUUUAGCUGCAUGAAUGCGCUAGCCAGCCAUUAUUCAUCUUGUUUUCCUCGUCUCUACUUCUCACUUUUUUCGAGGGGGGUUGUGUGGCCAUUUCACGCCAUCCUGCAAAUUUUAUGUAAACAUUUACAAUGGUAUAUAUAAUUUUUAAUCAAAGCUGUCAUAAGCUCA